AUGGCGGUUUUUGGAUUGCAAUCCUCGAAUACCAACGAUGAAAUUUCACGCUAUCAAGUUGGUCGUUAUGUGAACUGUAAUGAAGCGAUUUGGCGUAUAUUCGCAUUUCCCAUUCACGAACGUCAUCCUACUGUUAUACAUUUGGCGGUGCAUCUAGAGAAUGGUCAACGAGUAUAUUUCACGGCUUCGAAUGCUACGCAACGUGCUGAAACACCUCCAGCAACUACAUUGACCAGUUUUUUUGCAAUCUGCCAAAGCGAUCAGUUUGCACGAACUUUGCUUUACUCGGAGAUGCCACGUUAUUAUACUUGGAAUGCUUCAUCCAAGAAUUUUCAAAGACGGAAGCAAGGUGAUGCGGUUUCUGGGUAUCCAGAUGUGCGUUCUACUGAUGCUCUUGGUCGUAUGUAUACAGUUCAUCCAAAGAAUGAUGAAUGUUUCUAUUUGCGGUUGUUGCUGGUAAAUGUGCGUGGGCCAACUUCAUUUGAGACACUACGAACUGUUAAUGGUGUAAUAUUCCCAACAUAUCGUGCUGCAUGUGAAGAAUUGAACUUAUUAGAAAACGAUACCCAUUGGGAUACGACAAUCGCUGAAGCCAUUAUCUCUGCAUCUCCAAGUCAGAUACGCACAUUAUUCGCUAUCAUAAUUUCGACAUGUUUUCCAUCAAACCCAUGUAACCUGUGGCACAAAUACAAGGAUAGUAUGUCAGAAGAUAUUUUACAUCAAAGUCGUGUCAGUUCCAGAAAUCACGAUAUUGAGAUGAAUGAGGAGAUACAUAAUCGUGCUUUACUCUUGAUCGAAGAUAUGUGUUACCUCAUGUGCGGUAAUUUAUUAAUCGGGUUAGGAAUGCCAGCGCCAAAUCGUGAAAUGAAUGACGCAUUUAAUCGAGAAUUGGAACGGGAACGUGAAUAUGAUCACCAGGAAUUAGAUUUAGUAGUUCAAAGGAAUGUACCCUUGUUGAAUUACCAACAAAAGGAAGUUUAUGAUACUUUAAUGAAGGCAAUCGCUGAUGAAAAUGGUGGUUUAUAUUUCCUAGAUGCCCCUGGUGGAACUGGCAAGACAUUCCUUAUGUCAUUAGUUUUAGCAACUGUUCGGGCGAGAUCCAACAUAGCGGUUGCAGUUGCUUCUUCUGGAAUAGCAGCCACAUUGUUAGAAGGAUGCCGUAAGGCUCAUUCAGCAUUCAAAUUACCGUUAAAUCUUCAAACUAUUGAAGAACCAAUGUGUAAUAUUGCAAAACACUCAGCAAUGGCCAAAGUUUUAGCGACAUCGAAAAUCAUCAUCUGGGACGAAUGCACAAUGGCGCAUAAACGUGCAUUAGAAGCACUUAACCGAACAUUAAAAGAUUUACGCAAUGACUCGAGAUGUUUUGGAGGAGCAAUGAUUUUACUGUCUGGCGAUUUCCGCCAAAUACUGCCAGUAAUUCCAAGAUCUACGGCUGCCGACGAAAUAAACGCUUGCCUCAAAUCGUCAAGUCUAUGGCGCUAUGUGAAGAAACUGCAGCUGACAACAAACAUGAGAGUUACAUUGCUUAAAGAUACAUCUGCUGAAGAUUUCUCGGAGCAAUUGCUGACUAUCGGUAAUGGUCAAGUACCUGUCGAUGAAUCGAGCGGAUUAAUAUCAUUUCCAAAUAAUUUCUGUAAUUUUGUCUCAUCAAAAGACGAACUUAUCAACAAUGUAUUUCCAAAUAUUAUUUCUAACUACAAAAAUAAUGAAUGGUUGAGUGAGCGAGCAAUUUUAGCGGCUAAGAAUAAAGAUGUAGAUGACCUGAACUACAUAAUUCAAAAUAAGAUCAUUGGAACAAUGCAUUCAUUCAAAUCUAUUGACUGCGUCACAAAUGAAGCUGAAGCCACCAACUAUCCAAUUGAAUUUUUAAACUCUUUGGACGUGCCUGGCUUACCACCGCACAAUUUACGCCUAAAGGUUGGCUCCGUAGUAAUCAUGCUUCGAAACAUAAACCAACCAAAACUGUGCAACGGUACGCGUUUGGUGGUUAGUAAAUUGAUGAACAAUGUAAUUUACGCUACGAUAAUGAUAGGAAAAUUCAAAGGUUUCUACAAUGGUCUGCAAUCAGCAGUUGACUGA